AUGAGUUCAACCGACGUUCGCCAUGCGUUUGGGGGGACAGAAAAUCCAACCCAGAAAGGCAAGGCCGCAAAGGGUCCUACGAGAGCUGUGUUUGGACAGCUUACCAACGUUCCUGUUGCAGCCGUCAACACCAAGUUUGGGGGGACAGAAAAUCCAACCCAGAAAGGGAAGGCGGUAAAGGGUCCUAAGAGAGCUGUGUUUGGAGAGCUUACCAACGUUCCUGUUGCAGCCGUCAACACCAAGGCGGAUGAAAUUCUGCCUUCCUCCAUCCAAGAGGAAUCAGCUGGUGUGUCGAUGAUGGAAGAGGAACUUUGCCAGGCCUUCUCUGAAACUCUCCUUGAUGUGGAGGACAUUGACAAGAAUGAUUCAGAUAUGCCACAGAUGUGUUCUGAAUACGUGAAGGACAUCUUUGUUUAUCUACGGAGCCUAGAGGAACAGCAGGCUGUACGACCCAAAUACAUGCAAGGCUAUAAAAUCAAUGGACGUAUGCGCGCCGUCCUCGUUGAUUGGCUGAUUGAAGUUCACGCCAACUUUCAGCUGUUGCAGGAGACUCUUUAUCUCACAGUUGCUGUAUUUGAUCGUUUUCUCCAGGUCCACCCAAAUGCACAACAGAAGCUGCAGCUGGUUGGCGUGACUGCCAUGUUUUUAGCUUCAAAAUAUGAAGAGAUGGACUGCGUAGAUGUUGGGGACCUUGCCUACGUCACAGACAAUUCCUUCUCUAACGCUCAAAUCCUGGAGAUGGAGCGAGUUAUUUUUCGGCAACUCAACUUUAACCUGGGACGCCCCCUGCCAAUACACUUCCUCAGGAGGGCUUCAAAAGCCUCCAAUUCUAAUGUAGAGACGCAUAUCCUCGCUAAGUAUCUGAUGGAGCUGACCCUCCUUGACUACGACAUGGUGCACUACCGACCCUCAGAGAUCGCUGCUGCCUCCCUGUACCUUGCCCAGCUGCUGUUUGAUGAACUGCCUUGGUCUGCUACACAGAAGCACUACACAACAUACGAUGAAAUCCACCUGAAGCCAAUUGGGCAGCACAUUGCUAAAAACGUUGUGAUCAUGAAUGAGGGGAAAACAAAGUUCCAGGCUGUAAAGGGCAAGUAUUCAAGCAGCAAACUGAUCAAGGUCAGCCUCGCCCCUCAACUAAAGUCUCCUGUGCUGACCAACAUGGCUGCUCCUCUUCUCAAACCCUGA